CUUCUUCCUCAUCCGAACAUUGGAAAGUCGUGAUGUUGCAACAUGGACGUUCUUCUGUCAUCUGUGCUCGUGGUUCUCGUGGUACUGCUGCACCAGGACUCUGACCAACAGCAUGGAGACCACCCUCACCUCUCUCGCUCUUUUUUACUUCCCCCUCCCAGGGUCCAAAACACACAGCAGCAAAACGUAUCUGACCCUGGUUGCCUUGGCGGUCGUUGUCCGACCGACAGCUCUGAUUGUUUGGGUUCCUCUGCUGACGUACCAUUUCUGGCAGGAAGAUAACAAACUGAGACUCAUCACUCAUAACUUCCUUCCUAUCGGAGCCGCAGCUGUUGUGAUUUCCACACUGAUCGACUGUAUAUUCUAUGAGAAGUGGACCAUGGUCCAGUUUAACUUCCUGAAGUUUAACAUCUUCUACGGUGUGGCUGAUUUCUACGGCUCUCAUCCCUGGCACUGGUACCUCACUCAGGGUUUUGCCGUCGUGAUCGGUCCUCAUCUUCCUCUCUUUCUUCACGGGUGCACCCUCGCCUUCAAAAGAUACAAGAUUCUGUUGGCAGCAGUCGUCUGGACACUCGUGGUUUACAGUUUGCUUCCUCACAAAGAGUUCAGAUUCAUCUAUCCGGUGCUGCCGUUCUGUAUGAUCUUUUCUGGGAUAUCUUUGGCUAAUUUAACAGCGUGGCGCCGAGCUGCUGCGUCCGUCUUGUUAGUGAGUAACCUGGUUGCAGCUCUGUACACCGGCCUGAUCCACCAGCGAGGCACUCUGGACGUCAUGAGUCAUCUCCAGACACUUUGUGACGUCAGCAGCGUCUCCGCGCCACCAGACGUCCUCUUCCUCAUGCCCUGCCACUCAACGCCUUUUUACAGCCACGUCCACUGCCCGAUGAAGAUGAGGUUUCUUGAGUGUCCUCCAGAUCUCGGAGAGGAAGGUUACGUCGAAGAAGCCGACAGAUUUUAUGCCAAACCUGUCCCCUGGCUCAGGACUUCAUUUCCAUACAAAUCUUCUCUACCAACCCAUCUGGUUUUGUUCGAUGUUUUGGAGAAGGAAAUCUCCGUGUUUUUGCAAGGGAACAACUUUGUGAGGACAGCAGAGAUAUUUCAUACUCAUUUUCCUGAGGGAAGAGUUGGAGGAAGCAUCUUUAUUUAUGAAAGGCACUGACACACUGGAACAAUGGCAAUUUGUUUUCCUUAAUCACGAUGUCAUAUAUGAUCUACUACUGAAAUAAACAUUUAAAACACAAAUGUUUCUUUGAAAUAUCUCAUCAGACGUCUCAAAUGUGUUUUUAAUUAUUCACAACUAAAUUUGGUGUGACAUUAUUUCUUUUUUUUUUUUUAAACACACGUAAAUAAAAACUAAACUGCCAGGUCCAGUUAAAACAAGCUCAAGGUGGAAUGUUAGAAAACUGCAAAUUAAAACGUCAAACAAACAAACAAACAAACAAACCUGUUUGUAGCAGCAAAUUAGAACAACUACGUGACUUUACACAGAAACAUCCAAAAUGUGGCAUGUCUUUGUUGUUUUUAAACAGUAGUUUGGUUCCCAGUUAACAUUUCCUGCUCAGUGUGGCUGAAGACGAGUACAGAGUUUACAGAACAAAAUAAAAGCGUUUCUUUUUCAUGAAUGAACUCAUACUGUUACAAAUGUGCAGAUGAUGUAAGAGAUGCCACAUCUUUCACUCAAACCUAGUAACGAUUACUUCACUACACACAAACAGAUCAAGGACAUUCAGUAGCAUUACAAAGUUAACAUUGUGCAAACUUACAA